UUUGAGAGAAACUAACAAUUCAGUUAUUUAUUCCUUUAUUUUGAUAAUUAAAAAUCGUGAACAUGACGAGGGAGAUAAUUACACUUCAACUGGGGCAUUACGCUAAUUAUGUGGGAGCUCAUUGGUGGAACCUGCAGGAAGCGAAUUUCUCUUACGAUCCAUCCCAUCCCUCAGAAAUAGACAAUGAUGUCUUGUACCGAGAGGGAGAAAACCCCCGGCGAGAAGUGACAUUUACCCCUCGCUUGCUCAUAGUCGACCUGAAAGGCUCCCUAGGUUACCUUCCAGAACGAGGAUCACUCUACGACCAAGUCCCUGACCCAGAAUCCGGGCCCAGUGGGCUCUGGGACCCAGACAACCUAGAAGUCACCACCGAGGAUCCCCUCCCCAAGUCUCCCUUCAUCCAGAGCCUGGAGAAGUCGAGAGAGACCGAGGAGGAAGUCUCCUUGGACCUCGACACCGAGAUCCAGAGUUGGGUGGAUUACCUAGUCCCCAGGUUCCACACCCGAACCGUCAACAUCAUCAGAGAGUACCAGCACAAGAGCUCAAGCCCUCCCUUCGACGUCUUCCAUUAUGGGAGGAAUCUCUGGAGUUCUGAACAAUUCCAGGACGAUUUCUGCGACAGGAUCAGGGCUUAUGCCGAGGAGUGCGAUCUCAUGCAGGGAUUCCAGGUUCUCUUGGACUCGACAGAUGCCUUCGCCGGGCUUUCAACAUCGUGUAUUGAGCACCUGCACGAUGAAUACACCAAGAGUAUCGUAGCUUUCCCUCUGAUCGAGUCCCGCAACUCGAAACCCUCGGCGUCAGAUCACCUGAAGGCAGUGAACAUCGCCCUGUGCUACCAGCAAUUGAACGAGCACGUAUCCCUGUACAGUCCUCUGAGUUGUGGAGAGAAUGGCUGGCUUUCUUCAGGUGCUCCCAGGGUAUUGCCCUACCUGACUUACAAUCAGGAUUUGAGGUACCACACGAGUGCUCUCUUGGCCACAACCCUGGACACAUUGACAAUCAGAUACAGGCACAAGCAGCACACCAUGUCGUCCCUCUCAGACUUGUGUGCAGAUCUCAAUAAAUCUGGAAGGAAAGCAGCAGCCACAACCCUCAGUCUCCCAUUCCCCAUGACAGUAAAACGAGAUCUCAUUGAUAUUCUUGACGAUCUGGAGAACGAGUCUACUCCUCUAUGGACGAGUCUCACACCCAGGGUCACUGUCUCCGGGGACAGCUGCAUGCAAAGUCUCACACUCAGGGGCGUCAGGGAGGACCGACUGAAGAGGCCAGUGCCUGAGGCCAGGAAGCAGAUGGCUAAACCUGCAUACAGAUGCUCCACUGUUCACGAGAUGAUGAGCAUGUACCUGGCGUACUCCUGUCAUGCUUCUGCCACCCAUCUCACUACCCUGGAGUCUGGUCUCAAGGUUUCCGCACCUUUUCCUAAGAUUUUUAAGGAUAAUAUCCAUGGAAAUGGGGAUAUCGCUGGCUGGCCCGUUGGCGAAGAGGUGAAAAGUGUUCCAGUAUUAUCAGGAAUUCACAGCACCCCCGAGCUGUCAAGAUUAUUCGAGUCCCUUCACGAUUCAUUAGCCUCGAUAAAGAAUAUCAAGAGGUUCCACGCCCUGGCGGACUCUGGCCUCGAGCAGGACGAUUUCAAAGAGUGCUUAGAUCACUUACUGGACAGCAAAGAGAAUUACGAGGAGCACUUCGUCUAAUCCCUCAAUUUUGUACUGCGUAAUGUGAUUUUAAAUAUACAAAUGAUAUUUACUGUUA